GGUGGCGCUGCAGUCCUGGUGAGAUGCGGUUGAGCCGCAGAAGCAGAAAUCUGCUCUCAUCCCUGGAUUCAACACCACAGGGCGAUGGCCGCAGCAGUGGAUGCGAACUAUUAAAUAUUGUUUAAUUAAUUUAACUUAGUCGCUCAGCGUAUGUUUCGCGUCUCUCUCAGCUGGGAUAAAAACACAGCAAGUGGUUUCCUCGCUUAGAGACUCCCUGCUCCCACCGACCGUGACCCCGGGUAUCAGGAAGAAGUUAAGCUAGCAGGCUGGAUGGCUGAGCCGGAGCUGCUGCUGGACUCCAACAUCCGACUCUGGGUGGUGCUCCCCAUUGUCUUCAUCACCUUCCUCGUCGGGGUGAUACGGCAUUAUGUGUCCAUUCUCCUUCAAAGUGACAAGAAGUUGACGUUAGAACAGGUUUCUGACAGCCAGGUUCUUAUCCGGAGCAGAAUCCUCAGGGAAAAUGGAAAAUACAUUCCCAAACAGUCCUUUUUGAUGAGGAAGUUCUACUUCAAUAAUCAAGAAGAUGGAUUUUUCAAGAAGACCAAAAGAAAGGUUGUUCCACCCUCACCAAUGACAGAUCCCAGUAUGCUGACAGAUAUGAUGAAAGGAAACGUCACCAAUGUGCUUCCCAUGAUUCUCAUUGGAGGCUGGAUCAACUGGACCUUUUCAGGAUUUGUUACAACUAAGGUUCCCUUCCCUCUCACUCUUCGGUUCAAGCCCAUGCUGCAGCAAGGAGUAGAGCUCCUCUCACUGGAUGCCUCCUGGGUGAGCUCGGCUUCAUGGUACUUCCUGAACGUGUUUGGACUACGAAGCAUGUACUCUUUAAUUCUGGGUCAAGAUAAUGGUGCAGACCAGUCAAGGAUCAUGCAGGAGCAGAUGAGUGGUGCUGCCAUGGCAAUGCCUGCUGAUACAAAUAAAGCUUUCAAGGGUGAGUGGGAGGCACUGGAACUGACGGAUCAUCAGUGGGCACUGGAGAGUGUAGAGGAGGAUCUGAUGAGCAGAGAGUUGGACUUUGAUGGCUUGUUUAGCAAGGAGCUGCCAUGCGGUAUCUUCUGAUGGCCUGGUCACUUCUACCUGGAGCCUUCAAUUGGAAUUUUGAUCAUUGCAGGGAUUUGUUUUUGGUUAAAGCCACAGAGACGGGACAAAUCCCUUCAUGUUAUGCAAAGUUUACAUUCACUGAUUUGUGGUCCUUGUCUUUUCACAUGCAUUAUUUCCUUUCCAUUACUGUUAAUAGAAUAUCUGAAAUAUCUUAACAAUACACUGGUUCUGCUGCUGCCUCAUCUCUUUUGAGACAACAAAAUGUUUGGGAGGAUCAAAAAACAUGUUUUGCUUUUUUAAUGCAUUAUUAUAAGCUAGUAUCUGUAUGCCAUUAGGUUAUAGAAUGUGAACUACCUAGUGAUAAUUUUUUCUUAUAACAUCCACAGCUAGACUAGCUGUUCCAAUUCUCAUAUCUAUCAUCAUGUUAAACAAUAGAACACACUACCAUUUAACAGGUCUGAAUGAUGUUUAUUUAAUUAUUCUUUAACUACCUUUAAUAAUUAUUUUGUUAGAUCAUAGAUCAGCUGGUCUGCGUCAGUUGCCUAAAGUUGGAAGUAGACUCAGAAAUUGAUUAGCUGUUGGCAGAGAAUGUUUGUGUGAUUGGAAUUAUGUUUUUGAACUAUUUAGAUGGUUUAUUUUGUUAUGUAACUCCUGUGUUUUGUACAACAUAAAGCCUGUUUUGACAAAAUA